AUGAAAAGUGCACUCACCUACGAAACCAUUGCUAAAUGCUCAACCACCAAAGCUAAAGCAUCGAUCCUCACUUUACCUCAUGGUCCUGUGAACACACCUGUUUUCAUGCCUGUCGGUACUCAGGGUAGUUUAAAAGGUUUUACGCCUCAACAACUGGAAGAAAUGAACUGUCAAAUUAUGCUAAACAACACUUAUCACCUUGGUUUAAAGCCAGGUCAAGAGAUCUUGGACAAAGUGGGUGGUUCUCAUCAGUUUCAAGGUUGGAAUGGAAACUUGCUUACUGAUUCCGGCGGUUUCCAAAUGGUGAGUCUCCUCAAAUUAGCUACCAUUACUGAGGAAGGGGUACAGUUUCAGUCUCCUUUCGAUGGAUCCCUCAUGAUGUUGACACCUGAGCACAGUAUGUCUUUACAAAACAGUAUCGGUGCUGAUAUUAUGAUGCAACUAGACGAUGUUAUUUCCUCUCUAACGACCGGCCCUCGUGUAGAGGAAGCCAUGUGGCGAUCGAUCCGUUGGUUGGAUCGUUGUAUCAAAGCUCACAAAAAACCAGAGACACAAAAUCUGUUUGCUAUUAUUCAAGGUGGACUAAAUACCGAGCUGCGUAAAAAAUGCAUUGAGGAAAUGGUCAAAAGAGAUUUGCCAGGCUAUGCUGUUGGAGGAUUAAGUGGUGGUGAAGAAAAAGAUCAGUUUUGGAGAAUUGUUUCUCUAUGCACAGAUCUAUUACCGAAAACAAAACCAAUUUACUGCAUGGGCGUGGGUUAUGCUGAAGAUUUAGUUGUGUGUGUUGCUUUGGGUGUCGACAUGUUUGAUUGUGUAUUUCCUACCAGAACGGCCAGAUUCGGCAAUGCAUUGACGAUGUAUGGCACAUUAUCUUUAAAAUCAGGGAAAUAUUCUACCGAUUUUGGGCCGAUUGAAGAGGGAUGCGAUUGCAGUACUUGUAAAAAUUAUACACGCUCUUACGUACACAUGGUCGUUACAACAAAAGAUACAGUGGGAUGUCAUCUUGUAUCUAUCCAUAAUACAGCCUUCCAGCUUCGAUUAAUGCGUAAUAUGAGAGAGGCAAUUAUCAAGGACGAAUUCCCCGCUUGGAUCAAACAAUUUUUCCACAAUUAUUUUGGUGGAGAUAAAGCAAAAUACCCUCAAUGGUCCAUUAAUGCUUUACAGAGCGUUGGUGUAGACUUAUUAGAAGAAUAG